AUGUCGCUCCCAGGCUUAGGGCUGACGCAGCCGCUGGAUGAAAGAUCGCAGGGCCCCGCACCGCCAUCUCAGAUCAGUCUGAAGCCAGGCUCCGAGUGGCGGUUCGAGGUCGCAUUUGGUCAUAUCAUCAAGGUCAAACUACUCAAUGGAACAGCCGAGCUGUUCGGUACCGAGCUUGCCGAAUCGCAGACCUACACGUUUACCGGCACAAAAGCAGCGAUCUUCACAUGGCAUGGCUGCUCGCUAGAGGUCUCCGCGGUCGAUAAACCGGCAUCUACAUCUGAUGGAAUUACCCCGACGGCGGGGCGCGGUGCAGCAGGGUGUCAGAGCGAAUACACGGCCGAAGAGACGCCAAUGGUUGAAUAUGCCAACGUUCACUUUGCGCUAGAGACAAUGCGCGAAGAAGCCUUGUCAAUUGGAAAAGAUGGUCCGCGCGUGCUCCUGCUUGGCCCUGAGAAUACAGGAAAAACUACACUGGCUAAGAUCCUCACGGCCUAUGCGACGAAAAUCGGCCGCCAGCCGCUGGUUGUCAACCUCGACCCGACAGAGGGCAUGCUCAGCGUCCCCGGUACGCUGACCGCGACUACAUUCCGUACCAUCUUGGAUGUCGAGGAUGGCUGGGGCAGUAGCCCCAUGUCCGGGCCCAGCCCCGUGCCGGUCAAGCUACCGCUCGUGUACAGUUACCCAAUGGAGAGCCCGCUGGACGGCGAGGGCGCUGUCUACCGACCCAUAAUCUCGCGCCUUGCGCUGUCUGUCACAGGACGCAUGGCCGAGGACGAAGACGUGCGCGAAACCGGAAUCAUCGUCGAUACCCCCGGAAUUCUCAGCUUAGACAAUCCCGGCGCCAUGGAUCUGAUCAACCACAUCGUCACCGAGUUCUCCAUCACGACGAUUCUAGUCCUAGGCUCAGAGCGCCUAUACAGCACCAUCGCCAGACAAUACGACAAUAAGCCCAGUUCCAGCGCAACAGCCGCCGUCUUCGACGAAGUAAUCUCCGUCGUGAAACUGUCCAAAUCCGGCGGCUGUGUCGACCGCGACGCAGCCUUCCGCAAAGCAACCCGUGAAUCCCAGAUCCGGUCUUACUUCUUCGGCAACCCGAUCCCGAUCUCCUCGCCCUCGUCCGCCAUCACUCUCUCCCCCCACGCACAGCAACUCGACUUCACCUCCCUCUCCCUCUACAACUACACCGUCACAUCAGCCGACGACGAAGACGAAGACGAGUACGACCCCUCCCAGCUAGCAACGAACUCCUUCCUCCCCGGCGGCCAAGACGACUACCCCACCGAGCCAAAGCAAGACCCAGACCGUGCCGCCCCCCUCCCCGGCGUCGUGGGCUCGCUCUCGGAGCCUGCUGAGAACGCCAAUAACGUCAGUAGCGUCCCACUCAAGAAGGUCCUCCCGCCUGCGCCAUCGGAUCUGGCAAAUACUCUGCUUGCGAUCACGCAUGCGCCUACGAAUGCAUCGCCCGCUGAUGUCCGCGACGCGAGUAUCAUGGGCUUCUUGUAUGUUGCUGAUGUUGACGUGCAGAAGGGGACCAUUCGAGUGCUUGCGCCUGUUGGCGGGAGGAUGCCGCCACGUGCUGUUAUUUGGGCGAAACGCUGGCCCGGUGAGUUGGUUGGGCUGGUUGGUUAG